GAAUAUUGUGUAUAAAACGCAUCUAUCGAGUAAAUUCACAUUAUAAUGACAAGUCAGCAUAUUUUACGGUUUCUGUAUGUGAUCUAAUCUUAUGUAACAGUCAGUAAAGCGUGGUCUGUGUUACGAUAUAAUCUUGUGUUUGCGUUGGAAAUAUUUUGUUACUACAGUGCAAUCAGCAGUGAAAACAGAUGAAAUUUAUAAAAACUGAAAUGUUGUUCAUCUGGUUGAUCAUUCUUUUCAGCAUAAAAGGAACGUCAGUUCUGGGUGACCUUGGCUGUAUACCACGUCAGGGGGACCCGGGUCAGGGCUAUGUCUGUGUGUGUAACUCUACCUACUGCGACACUAUAGAGAGACCUACUCCUCUACCCCUGGGACAUUACCACUGGUACAGUACCAGCAACUCUACCCCAGGCUUCUCCCACACUACGGGUACCUUCAUGAACGUCUCCUUCGACAACGUCACUGAUGUGGUCUUCAAAAUCAAUACUUCAGUACGAUUCCAGGAAAUAAUUGGUUACGGAGCGUCCUUCACAGAUACUUCAGGAAUCCAUCUGGCAUCCUUACCUACUGGUGCUCAGAAUAACAUGAUCGAAUCGUAUUUUGGAACAUCAGGCAUUGAGUAUAAUCUCGGACGGCUUCCUAUUGGUGGAACUGAUUUCUCCCCUAGACCUUAUACUCUUGAUGAUGUUCCUUUCGAUGAAAGACCUCCAAUACUUCAAUCUUACAUUCCUUUCAUCAAGAAGGCCAUGUCUGUGAGUGAGCGAGGGAUAAAGCUGAUAGGCUGCACCUGGAUGGCUCCAGCAUGGAUGAAAGACAACGACAAUAAUCACAGUGGAUACGUGAGAGCCAAGUAUCUCCGCACCUGGGCACAGUACCACAUCAAGUUUUUAGAAGCUUACCAGAAGCUUGGCAUGGACAUCUGGGCUUUGAGCGGGGGUAACGAAGUGAUGCUAUCGAUGGUUCUGCCGAUAGCUCUCAACUCUCUAAACAGCACCUUGGUGACGGCUCCUAUCCAGAGACUUUGGCUCAAGGAGCAUCUCAAGCCGUUGCUGUUGGCUUCGAACUUCAGUAACGUCAAGUUUGUGGCUUUAGAUGACGCUAGAGUCUUUGCUCCGUACUGGUUGUCUCGAUUCGCAGAAGAUCCUGAGGUGUACCAAUACCUGGACGGUGUGGCACUCCAUUGGUACUUCGACUGGUUAUCUUCGCCUUCCAUCCUGACCGGGCUGCACCAGGACUUCCCGGACAAGAUGAUUAUGUACACUGAAUCCAGUAUCAACUUCGAACCCAUAUCUAAAUAUUUGGGCCCUUGGAUAGUGGCAGCGACAUAUUCAUACAAUUUAAUUGAGAAUCUAAACCACUGGGCGCAGACCUACAUGGACUGGAACCUGGCGGUGGACCACGAAGGAGGUCCCUCCCUGGGGCUCGACGUCGCGGGGGCGGUCGUGGUCAACAAAACUUCCGGAGAAUUCUACAAACAACCGGUCUUCUACGCCCUCGGCCACUUCUCCAAAUUCAUCCCUCCAGGCUCUAAAAGACUCCAGGUGGAAUCCAACCAGAAGAAAACCCCGAGGGCGGACGUUAUUUUUAUGUCCAUGAUGAAACAUCCAGAAGAAGACGCGGAGUUGUAUUCCUCGGCAGGAGCUUCUCCUGACCCGUGGCAAUUCCUACCGUCCGUUGUGGACUGUCUAGCCACUACCAAUUCCGACGGCAGCUACACUAUUAUAGUACACAGCACGAGGAACGAGACGGCGCAUGUGACUGUAGAAGUUUCAGACCAUGGUUAUAUCGAAGUUGACAUCGAGGCUUAUUCCAUCAACACCUUCGUGUACUGGCUGUGAUUCUGGCUGUUGAUUGACGAUUAAAACUUUUCACUUUUG